AUGUCAGACUCUCCAGAUUCGUCUGUACCGGCCACUCCGGACGAGCAGGUCGAAAGCAACCCCGCCUCCCCUGGUUCCGACGCCGAUGAGUCCUCCGAAGCCAGCACGCCGCUGGAUCCCCCUAGUGCGUCUUCCGAUGCCGUACCUCAGUUCUCCGCCAAAGAACCACCUCGCCGCGUCCCAUCUCUUCGAACCGUCUCGGACCCGCAGGGCCAUAGCCCUGGCCUCGGCAUCCACCCCAAUUCCAGCGUAACCGGCACCCUGAACAACGCUCGCAGGCCUCCACCGGCGGCCAGCAGCUUGCCCAUGGAUCUCAUGGCCAAGGCGCGUGCCUUACAGGCGGAGCGCGCGGGUCUGCCACGGCCUGGCAUGAAUCCAAUGGGCUCUCCCGCACCAGGAUCUGGGUCAGCCUCCCCCAGAGGGUUUCCCGGAGGUGCACCGGGCAACUUAAAACUACCAGGCGGCAUGGGCGGCCCGUCUAGACCACCGGCCCAGGGUUUUCCGAGGUCCGCUCCGGUCGUGCCUGGUGCGAAGAAGCCUAGCCUGGCGGACCGAAGAGGGGCGAUGAAGCUCGGCGGACUCCCGGGUGGGCCCUCGCCGGCCCCAACACCAAAGUUGUCCGAUAUGAACGGAGGCUCUGACGCGUCCUCGACGGAGGAUGGAGGACGGGGAGAUUCUAAAAUGAACGAGUUCAAGAACUAUCUCGACACGCAAAAGGGAUGGAUCACUUUUGACGGCGCAGCAACCAUCACAAGGACUGGUGUGAACUUCGCCAGUGGCGCUGCGUUUUCGAUCUCAUUAGAAGAAGUCGAUAUCCUCGACGAGCUGGGAAAGGGAAACUACGGCACAGUGUACAGGGUCCGACAUGCAAGGCCAAAGGUACCGAGGUUUGGUCAGGGGCUAAGCGGCUUCAAGUCUGCCUCUAGGCAAAAUUCAAGCCUGUCGGAGAAAGAUGAAUCCUCAGGCAGCGAGGGCUCACCCAUGACACUGCGCCCUGGCAGGGCAGACGGCACAACGGGGCGUGUGAUGGCAAUGAAAGAGAUCAGGCUAGAACUCGACGAGGCGAAGUUCACCACUAUCCUAAAGGAACUGGUCAUCCUCCACGAGUGCUCGUCACCGUACAUCAUCGACUUUUAUGGAGCCUUCUUCCAGGAAGGCGCGGUGUAUAUGUGCAUCGAGUACAUGGAUGGAGGCUCUAUUGAUAAACUGUAUGAUGGCGGGAUACCCGAGAACGUGCUCAAGAAAAUCACGUACAGCACCAUAAUGGGUCUGAAAUCAUUGAAAGACGAGCACAACAUCAUUCACCGAGACGUAAAACCGACGAACAUUCUUGUCAACUCUCGGGGCCAGGUCAAGAUUUGCGAUUUCGGAGUCAGCGGAAAUCUCGUGGCCAGCAUUGCGAAGACGAACAUCGGCUGCCAGAGCUACAUGGCUCCUGAGCGGAUAUCUGGUGGUGCAAUGGCUACGGGCGCGGACGGAACCUACAGCGUCCAAAGCGACAUCUGGAGUUUGGGAUUGACCAUCAUCGAGUGUGCAAUGGGCAAAUACCCUUACCCACCGGAGAUUUCUGCUACAAUCUUCGGCCAGCUGAACGCGAUCGUUGAAGGUGAUCCGCCAGAUCUCCCCGCGGAAGGCUACUCCGCACAAGCCCGCGACUUUGUCAAGUCGUGUCUCAACAAGAACCCAAAGAAGAGGCAUACGUAUCCCAUGCUUUUGCUACACCCUUGGAUCAAGUCUCUUAGCAAGCCCGAGACUAUUACCGAAGAAGCAGAGGCCGAGUCGGAAGCCAUGGAUAACGACCUCGCCGACGCGGCGGCGAAGCAGCUCUCCAUCAACGAGGGCUCAGGCGAUGCCGAGGUCGCGGAAUGGGUGCAGGAGGUCAUGGAGCGCAAGAAGCAGGGGCUGCAACCGGCGAGUGCAGAGAAGCCGGCAUUGCACGCUGCACCAUUUGACAGCGUGAGCCCAGCUGCUAGUCUUGAAUCAUAG